ACGAAGACAUCGAAAUCAAAUCCAUACCUGGCAGUCUCAAAGCGUCAAAGCCGUUUCUAGCAACACACAAAUAUGUACUGUGAUAGUGCUUCAGAUUUUGAUCUCAGCCUCUUGGACUCGAUUCGUCAGUAUCUUUUGGAAGAUGAUUUUGAUACAAUUCCAGGACAGGUUGUGGAAAAUCUACGAAAAAAUGAGCUUCAUGAUGAUGCGAUUAAUGUGGAUCAAUGGAUAAACUUUGAUCAGUUGUUUGACGCAGCGGAGGAGACGGACGCCGUUAAUAAUGCUUCAUUUCCCAGCUUCGAAGUGAGUUUUCAGAUGGAGAGUACUGCGGCUGUCCCUAAACCUCACGCGCCGCCGAAGAUGUUUAAUUACAGGGGAGUGAGGAGAAGGCCGUGGGGGACAUACGCUGCGGAGAUAAGGGAUCCGAAACGAAACGGAGCGAGGAUCUGGCUCGGUACUUACGAGACUCCCGAGGGUGCUGCGCUAGCUUAUGAUCGAACCGCUUUUAAAAUGCGAGGCGCCAAAGCGAAGCUGAACUUUCCCCACCUAAUCGGGUCGGAUCAGGUGGAGCCAGUGAGAGUGAGCAGUAAGAAGCGAAGAUCUGCCGAGCCGCCUUCCUCUUGUUCAUGGGCUCAGUGGCCAUCAUCUCCAUGGGAUGACGGAACUCCGAAGUCAAAACGGAGGAGGAGUGAGAUUAAAACGGAGUCUGAAGUAGACAUGUAUCAGUUGAUGCCAACUGAAUUUUGCCAAACCCUGAUCUGCUAAUGUAAUUGAAUUGUACAUAUUCUGAUAUAUCAUUUCUAGUCUAAUGGUAGGAAUUUUACUUCACAUUAUUAGAAAACUUUUUUUCAGUAAUUUACCAUAUCUGUACUUACCCGCCCUAUUCCAAUAUUUACUUCCUCUUUCAUUUAAAGGGAUGCAAAA